AUGCUAAAUUUAAAUUAUGAAUCUAAAGAGAUAUAUACUUUUAAAAACAUUGAUCAAAUUUUAAAAGUUCUUUAGUAUGAUGAUUUUGGAAUAUUUAAUAUAAAUUUCGAGAAAAAUACAAUUACAUAUUACAUAAAUCAUUUAAGAUGUAUUAGAUUAUCAGAUUUGUUAUUUUGGAUUGUAAUUAAUGAAUCAUUAUAAAUAAUAUAGGAAAACGAUUUAGUUAGAAUUUAUUUAGAGUAGUUACUCGUUUUAGUUCUAAAAUUAUUAGAAAAGGUUGACUUUUUAGAAUCUCAAGAAAUCAAACAUAAUUAUCUUGAUGAAAAUAGAAUCUGGCUCGUAUAAGAGUAAACUAGUUCUAGUCCUAGUCUCAUUUCUCAAUUUCUAUUAUAUGAAAUACAUUUCACAGGAUAUUAAUGUCCAUUUUAUGAAAAGUAUUCAAAAAAAAUUUAAAUUACUACUCAAAUUAAAAUUAUUGUCAAACUGAUUUUAGAAAAAUGUAUUGAAAAUAUAGGUUUAAAACAAAAAAUAACUCCAUUAAGUAAAAAAGAUAUAUUACAAUCUAUAAUUGAUAAAUGCAAAGACAAUUCAAACAUUUCUGAAAUUUAGAAAUCAAUUCAAGAUUUAUUAUAAAAAUAUAAUUAUAAAGAGAAUAUUUAGAAUAAUAUUUUUUAGUUUUUGGAUAUUUAUGAUGAUUCUAUCAAUUCAGACAGAAAUAAAUAAAUAGAAUCAGUGAAUAUCCAAAUCAAUUAAAUUAUUGAACAUGUAAAGUAGGAUGGAUAAUUGUAAAUUGAAAUCCUAUUGCAAUAUAUAAUUCCAAUUAUAAGUAAGUAGGUGGCUUAAAAUUCAAAAGCUAAUUUAGAUUAUAAAAAUUUUGUCGAAAAGAAAAGAGAAUUUUUAGCCUAACAAGAGUUAUAAUUAAAAUAAAAUAUUUAAUAAUCAAUUAAACAUGAAAUAUCAAACUCCAUAAAUGAGUAUGAAAAGGAAUUUAGGUUUUAAAUUACUUAGUCAGAAAUAAAUUAAAUAGAAAAUGAAAUUAUUAGUUCAAUUUUUUGCUCUCAAUAGGUUAAAUACUUUAAUAAUACAUACUGGCUUCAUUUUAAUAAUUAGGAAAUAGUUGAACGCAAGAUCGUAGUUGUAAGCAAAAUUAUUGUUGAUGAGGUUAAGGAUAAAAUAAAAUUAUUAUACAUGUUUAAAAUACUAGAGUUGAUUGAUAAUCUGAUAUGA